AUGUCGGAGAUGCAACAGCUCAUCCAAGCGUUGCAAUCUCAAACCCAGCAGCUGCUGCAACAGCAGCAGGAGUCCCACGAGCAGAGGAUACAAGUGAUGCAGCAAGCACUGACUGCGCAGCAUCAGCAUUUCACGCAAGCGCUAGGCAAGUUGAGUUCCUCUGGUGAGCAAAGACUGGGUAGCCUUGUAGACGUUCGCGGUGUUGGGCAGCCUGAAAAGUUGACGGACAAAGUAGCUGAAAAAGAUUUCAGGGUUUGGAAGCUCAAGUACGUCAACUGGGUGCAAACCGCAUUCAAGUCGGCCGAAAAGUUGCUGACGGAUGUUCUUGACGACGAAACCUCAGUUGUAGAUGCUGCACGUUUUCAGAGUUUGACCAGCAAACAUCCGGAUGCUGAGCGGAUAUCUGCCCAUUUGAAUGCAACUCUUCUCUCCGUUUGUGAAGGUAAAGCUUUUGCUGUUGUAGAGAAGAGUUUCAAAGGGCCGAGUGCUGGUUUGGACGCGUUUCGUCGCUUGUGUCAUCGGUUUGAUCCCCAGUCAGAGGAGACAGAUCUUUCUUUGCUAACGCAGAUAGUGAACCUGGGUCCUUUCUCCAGCACUAACCCUACGGAGAUUCUUGCCGAGUUGGAGCGUAGGGAAGAAAUGAUGACCAAGCACGAAACACGCACGUUAGACACACUGUCUGAUGGCUUCAAGCGCGUGAUGCUGUUGAAGAUGUUGGUAGAUCCCUUGAAGACACACAUGCAGUUGAACUUGAAAAGUUUCGACACGUAUGAAAAGGCACGUGCGGAGGUUGUGCACUUUCUUGAACUGCAAGCUCAGACCCAACUAGCGUCGCAGUCCUCGCAGUCGCUUUCUUCAUCCUCCACAGGGCCCGUGCCUAUGGACAUCGGUAGUCUCGCACAGCUUGGUGUCAAGUCUGUUGAGGAGUUGAGCUCUUUGCUUGCUUCCUUUUCCAAAGGAAAAGGAAAAGGUGCUCCGAACCCACAUGGCAAGACUCCUAGUGGCAAAGGGAAGUCUCAGAAGUUUACUGGUAACUGCAACUUCUGUCAUCGACAAGGCCACAAGGAGGCUGACUGUUGGGACAAGUACCCUGACAAAGCACCCAAAAGCAAAGGCAAGUCUAAGUCUAAAUCUAAGUCUGCGAAGGGCAAGGACAAGAGCUUGAACACGUUGGAUGAGUCCCCUCAGCAGCAAGAGCCGGUUGAAGCUGGCGGUUUUGAAGUAGACCUCGCGCACGUGGAUGGUGACCAUCAGUUUGUUGCUUCCCAGUCCUGGCACACUGUUCAGCAAGGUUGGUCGCGCGUGGAGCUCACUGUUGAUUCCGGAGCCGGGUCUACUGCAAUUCCGCCAUGCAUUGCGCCGAAAGAGCCUGUCCAAGUGAGUGAGACGAGCAAGCUUGGUCGGCAGUUUAAAACUGCAACUGGCCACACGGUUUCGGACCAAGGCUGUAAGAAGCUAAGGGCAUUCACGGACUCUGGGGUAGCUGUUUCGUUUUCUUCCGCAGUGGCCGAUAUACACAAACCGCUGCUUGCUGUGUCGGAUGUUUGUAGCAAAGGUGGCAUCUGUCACUUCGAGGAAGGGAACAGCUACAUCCAACCAAAGGGUUGUGGGAAGAUCUGGAUGGAAGAGACGAAGGGUCUUUACAAAGUUGGCGUGUGGCUGUCACCUUCCAGUGGCGGAGUCGCAAGCGUGGUUCCUUUAGCCCCCUUUAGUGAAGGUGGUGUCUUGGGGCACGACACUGUAAGUCCUCAAGACGACGAGCACGGAGAUUCGGAGCAUGCUGAAGCGCAAGCUGCUACAACUCCCAAAUCUCCAGUUCUGCCCUCGGACUCGGAAGUCCGAGAGCAUUGUCUCACUCAUUUGCCUUUUCGUCCUUGGUGCCGCCAUUGCAUCCGGGGCAAAGCUCCAGCUUUGGCGCACAAAGAGCCUUCAAAUACGGAGUACACCAAGCCGUUGGUGGCCAUUGACUAUUGCUUUUUGAGCAGCAGCGAGGGAAACGCGAGCGAAAGUCCUGUGAUGGUUGUCAAAUCCAAGCCCGACCUGGCUGUCUUUGCGCGCUUAGUUCCCUCAAAAGGCUGUGUGCAUGAGUACAGUGUUCAAGCACUUGCUGACAUUUUCCGUGUGCUAGGCUAUCGCGAGUUUACACUCAAGACAGAUGGCGAGCCUUCCUUGGUGGCAUUAGCUCGUGCAGCAGUUGCCUUGCUUCCUGUGAGCACAGUCCCGUUGAAGAGAGCGAGGAGGGCAGCCAUCCGUAUGUCUGACGCCUUAAAGUUCGGUUUCACUCCACUUUGCGAUGGGUGUGAUAAGUUAAGGCGUGGCCUCUAUGGCAAGCAUAGUGAGGUGGAGAAGUAUGACGAGGAACAGAAAGCCGUGAAGCGAGCCAGAUUGGAGCAACAACCUGGUGAUGUGGCAGUGGCAGCUGAGUCAAGUGCAGCAGUGGACUCUGCUCAGGAGGCAAGGUCCCCAUCAUCCAAACGGCCUGCCGAGCAGCCGCCUGAAGCCAUGGAUGAGAGACGGACUGCAGAACCUGAGAGCUUGGGUCCGGAAGCUCAGACAGCGAUGACGGAUUCUUUCGAGAGCAUGCUGCAAGAGGCCAUCCUGAGUCAUCGGAGCGAAGUAUUCUCAAUGGAUGCUGCGGUUCAGGAGCCCAUUUGCGAUGAACCCAGUUUGUGUGAACAGAGUCAUAGCAAAGAUUGCUGGGACGAGUACUUCGAUGACGUCAGUGGCUUAGGACUCAACUCUCGCUUGGUAGAGAUUGCGAAAAAGGAGGAGCUGCGCAUAGCUGACGAGAUGGGCUUGUGGACGCCUGUUCUGAGGUCAGAACUGCCAAGUGGGACCAAAGUCAUACCUACAAGGUGGGUGCUGGUCAACAAAGGUGAUUCCAAAUCGCCCAGUUACCGCGCCAGGAUUGUGGCGAAAGAAGUUAAGGGACACAAGCCAUCUGAGGUUGGUUUCUAUGCGUCGACGCCGCCAACAGAAAGCUUGCGAGCACUCAUUGCUGUAGCCUCUACUAACCCGGAGUAUGUCAUGGAUUUCGUUGAUAUUAGCCGUGCACAUUGGUGCGCAGACGCCACCAGGUAUGUUGUCGUAGAGCUGCCGCCCGAAAUGGAAAUGCCUGAACAUGUCGCUGUUUUGAAGAAGAGUAUGUAUGGCACAAGAGAUGCGGCCCACAACUGGGAGCAACAGUAUACCAAGGUGCUUCUCUCACUUGGGUUUUUACAGGGGCGCGCAUCCAGUUGCUUGUUUUAUCAUCCGCACAAAGACAUUCGACUUGAAGUUCACGGUGAUGACUUCGUGUCUGUGGCGAGAGCUCUAGACAUCAAGUGGCUGCAUGAGCGUUUUCGAGAAAUGUGGAAGUGCAAGUUUUGCGCGACACUUUCAAGUCCAGGACAAAGUGUUCGAAUCCUUGGCCGCUUGCUGUCUCGUGAGAAUUCUGGCUACUCCCUAGAAGCGGAUCCUCGUCACGCAGAGAUCUUGAUCAGCAGCUUGGGCCUGAAGAAUGCCAAAGGCUUGAGCACGCCAGGCGUGAAGCUGCAACCCGAAGAGGAAGCAGAGCUGACGCAGAAGCGGCUCUCACCUGCAGAUACCACUCUGUUCAGGCUUGGUCGUUACUUGAUCUCGCAUCGCCGUAUGCUCUUGUGGUUCGAAUGGCAAGACAUGCCAAGAGACCUGGUUGCAGAGGUUGAUGCUGAUUUCGCAGGGUGUGGCAAGACUCGGAAAUCCACUAGUGGUGGUGCCGUGUUUUUCGGAAGUAGCCCUUUGAGGAGCUACUCUUCGAACCAAGCGGUGAUCGCCUUGUCAACUGGAGAAUCCGAGUUUUACGGCAUGCUGAAGGGAUGCAGUCAAGCCAUGGGUUUGAGAAGUCUCUUCGCAGAUAUCGGCGUUGAAGUCGGUAUCCGAUUGUGCACAGACAGCUCUGCCGGGAAGGCGUUGGCAGAAAAGAAGGGACUGGGCCGGGCGAAGCAUCUGGAGACCCAGUAUCUUUGGUUGCAGGACAGAGUAGCCAACAAAGAUGUAAAAGUGUUUAAAAUAUGUACAGAUGUGAACAGGGCUGACAUGUUCACAAAGCAUUUGCAUGAAGCUCGCGCUUCUGCGUUGUUGUCGGCCAUGAACUGUCGGUUCUCGACAGGCAAUCACUCACUUGCGUUGGCUGUGACUUGA